AUGUUAACCAAGACGCUACUCACCGAGGCUAACACCUCCCCCGGAAAUGCCUUCUCCCCACAUCAGAUGCGCAUGCCCCAUCUUGACUUCAUCUACCGCAUCGUAGCCGAGAUGGAUCAAGGCGGGGUCACACCCAUCGAAGGAGUCGACGGCACGGACAAGAUUCGCCUCGUGCUUCCUAUCGAGGGAGGAACUGUGCAUGGGCCCGGGAUCAAGGGUGUGAUUGUGCACAAGAGCGGCGCGGACUGGGCUGAGGUCAUGAAUCCGAAAAAGUCUUUUAUUCGGUUAAAUGCCAUGUACACACUCAAGACAGAUGAUAACGUUCACAUCCUUGUCAAAGCGAAUGGAGUUUACAAAACUGGACCAGGAGUAGAUGAUAAGGUUGCCGAGAAAGAUACUGUUACACAGGACGAUGUGGAGUAUUUUACGCAUAUCAGAUUUGAAGCACCAGGAGAGAGUAGAUAUGGUUGGAUGAAUGGUGUUGUUGCGCUGGGGGUUAUGAUUAUGUCAGAGGGGAAGCCUGUGAUUGAUUGCUAUCGGUUGACUAAUUUUCCGGACGUUGCAGCCAAGUUGUAA